AUGGCCCUGAACGGCGCUGAAGUCGACGAUUUCUCCUGGGAGCCCCCAACCGAAGCGGAGACGAAGGUUCUGCAAGCGCGACGGGAGCGACAGGAUCGCAUCUCCAGACUCAUGGGCGACUACCUGCUGCGUGGUUACCGCAUGCUGGGCGAGACGUGCGCGGACUGCGGGACGAUCCUCCUCCAAGACAAACAGCGGAAAAUCUACUGCGUGGCUUGUCAGGAGCUCGACUCAGACGUGGAUAAAGAUAAUCCGGCUCUGAACGCCCAGGCUGCCCUCUCCCAAGCUCGGGAACACCAGCUUGCCUCUGCCUCGGAGCUCCCCUUGGGCUCCCGGCCAGCCCCUCAGCCCCCAGUACCCCGUCCAGAGCACUGUGAGGGAGCUGCAGCAGGGCUCAAGGCAGCCCAGGGGCCACCCCCUCCUGCUGGGCCUCCAAAUGCAGACGUCCUGGCCUGCACACAGGAGGCCCUCCUGCAGAAGCUGACCUGGGCCUCAGCUGAGCUGGGCUCUAGCACCUCCCUGGAGACUAGCAUCCAGCUGUGUAGCCUAAUCCGAGCUUGUGCUGAGGCUCUGCGCAGCCUGCGGCAGCUUCGACACUAA